GACGGAGACUUCUAUAUAAUUGGGUGAGAGCGAGAGAUAAUGAGCUUCACCGCAACUAGUGGUCUCCUUAAUACAGCUACCAGAGCCACACUCUCUUCCCUCUUCUCUCCCGAAUCUCAUCUUCUUCUCCGUCUUUUCUCUUCUUCUCCGUCAACCUUUCCGACCCAUUGUCUUCUAUCUCUAUCAAAAGCUUCCCCUUCUCUUUUUCCGGUAAGGCCAUCAAUCUCCACCAUGGCCGACGCCCCCGAUGCCGGCAUGGACGCCGUCCAGCGACGCCUCAUGUUCGAGGACGAAUGUAUUUUGGUGGAUGAGAAUGAUCGUGUUGUAGGACAUGACACCAAGUACAAUUGUCAUUUGAUGGAGAAGAUUGAAGCUGAAAAUCUGCUUCACAGAGCUUUCAGUGUCUUUUUGUUCAACUCAAAGAACGAGUUGCUUCUUCAGCAACGUUCUGCAACAAAGGUUACAUUCCCUCUUGUGUGGACAAACACAUGUUGCAGUCAUCCACUAUACCGUGAAUCUGAGCUUAUCGAUGAGGAGUGCCUUGGAGUUAGAAAUGCUGCUCAAAGGAAGCUUUUGGAUGAACUGGGUAUCCCUGCUGAAGAUGUGCCAGUUGAUUGUUUUAUACCCUUGGGUCGCAUGUUGUACAAGGCACCUUCUGACGGCAAGUGGGGUGAACAUGAACUUGAUUACCUGCUCUUCACAGUGCGAGAUGUGAAUGUGCAUCCAAACCCUGAUGAAGUUGCAGAUAUCAAAUACGUAAACCAAGAGGAGUUGAAAGAGCUGUUGAGGAAGGCAGAUGCCGGGGAGGAAGGCCUGAAGUUGUCCCCUUGGUUCAGGCUAGUUGUGGACAAUUUCCUCUUCAAGUGGUGGGAUCAUGUUGAGAAACGCACCAUCAAGGAAGCUGCUGACAUGAAAACUAUUCACAGGUUGACUUGAAUAAUUAUCAAAUCAAGCCCGUCUGUUUGGAACUGGGAAAGUUCGAUUAUGGUGUAACUCUUUAUCAUUGCUAGUGGCUUUGGCUUUUAUUCCAAUAAAUUCGGGACGCGCAUUGUGGAAAAAGCAAACAAUUAGAAGCAGGCAUUUUGUUGUUGCUGUGGUAGUUGAUGAUUCUGUUGUUCAAUAUAACAAGUUGUCUGUAAUGUAGAACUCCACUCUGAUGAAUCAAUAAAGGUCUCUUUUUUGUAGAAA